UGGCUGCCCAACCGGUGCUCUAGAAGCUUAGCUCGAUCAGUCGCCGACUUUAGCAGAGUGCAGGGCGGCACGGCCGACAGCAACUCAAGGAGAAACGCAAGUAGCUGCCUAGCCUCAGCAGGCAUGCCGAUCCCCCUUGAUCUGGGCAAGCCUGACAGCACGCCAUUCUUUGUGUUGUUGGGAGAUAACUUGUUUAGAUUUUUACCACCUGACACGGACGACGAUGAGUACUCUGGGUUUAAUAAGUGGACCGUCCGAAAGCCUACAAGCGGCUUAACCGCCAUGAACUUAUUAUUUCCAUGCGGCAUAACUGCACGUGAACGUUUGGCAUACAUUUCCCGGCCCCGAGACUCCGAGCGCCCAGAACCCGACCAUGUUGAUGGUCUAUACUGCAUCGAGGCCCAAGUUCACUUCAUUGGAGAACUUGUUGAUGGUACCCAAAUUGUUUCAACCCGAGAAAACGGCGUCCCACUCAGGUUUCUAUUGGGACAAGAGAAUGUGAUGCUUGGCUUAACCGUGGUGGCCAGCGCAAUGCGACCAGGAGAGAAAGCUAUAUUCAACAUCCCUCCAAAGUUAGCCUUGACCAAGGCUGGCACCCCUGCGAGUAUUCCGUCAAACGUACCACCCAACCAAACACUACGGUUUGAGAUUGAACUCAUUGCGCUGUUUCCUAUAACUGAUAUCCUCGAGAAUGGAAGCAUACUGAAAAAGAUCAUUAAGCGGCCAUUAUCGGACAAAUCUCACUCUACCCAGGCAGACACUAUAAUUGUGAAUUACAACGCAUGCCUAGAGGACGGAACUUCAGUUUCCAAAUCUGAAGGUCUUGAAUUGAAGCUUGCUAGUCGUACGGGCUUCUUUUGUCCAGCAUUGCGACAUGCUGUGCAUACUAUGAGGGAAAGAGAGGAAGCGAUAUUAAUUGUAAACCCAAGAUAUGCUUUCGGUGCUCGAGGCAGGGAUCCUAUAGGAGACCAAGCUGCUGUUCCCCCUAAUGCAACUCUUUAUGUCUACGUCCAGUUAGCUGAACGGAGGACAGAUAAAGAAAAUUUGGAGGGAAAAGGACUAAUCAUAGAUGGCUCGGAUAAAGGCACGACGACGGCCAGAGCUCCUCCCAAGCGUCCUGUCCAGUCGGGAUUCUCCACAACUGUAGUACAGGAUGAAAGACCAACAUAUCCAGGACACGUUCUCUUCGUUCCUCACGUGGUAGAAGGAGCAGACGAGGCACACGAAGGGCAAGCUACAUCAACCCCUACUACUGUUUUUGCUACACAGACGACAACUGCAAACAGCAACACUCCUCAAGGCUCUGGGACAGUCAGGACGGAGACAGGUUUCCUCUUCGAACGUUUCCAGUCAUGGCCUGCAAACUGAAAUAAUCAUCCGUGAUCGUUGUGCAUCUGUGGCAUCACUGGAUCUGGACGACAUUCUGAGCUGUAAUCUGUUGGUUAAUCUUGCUGCUUUGUUUAUUUGUUCUUUCAGUCUUAGGUCUGUUUUUCCUUUUUACCCCUGUUCAUCGUCCAGUCUUGUCAUUUGGGUCGGGCUGCAUAGCAGCUAGGCGCGUCACUGGGCUCACGGCGUGCCUUGUCCACGCCUGCCUUGUUGUAGAACGAGUCUCGCGCGCGGCACGAUCUAGCGUAUGGGAUGGCACACGCUGCAACGGAUCGUGGCGCACGCACCAUGGCCAUGCUUUAUUUUCUGUUUCAAUAAGAGGAAGGGCAAGACAACCAGAAAAGCAGCGGAAGUUUAUUGCAGCGCAAAAAACUUUUAUGUGUUUAUUUCUGUCUUGUCAUCUUGAUCGGGUGCAUUCCAGGGUGAGUUGUGUGCGAUUCUGGAAUACAUUUUCCGCAUCAACUGAUAAAUAACUACCUUCCGAUUAA